CUGUCUUUGAGAAGAAGUCCAGGAGUUGCACAGCUCUGCUUGGACCAGAGUGUCCCUCCCUCCUUCCUUCCUUCUCUCCCGCACCAUGCACUGCUUGUGGUCUGCCUUCCUGCCCUUGGCGCUGCUGGUGGGUCUGAAUGCCAGCUCAGAAAACUACAAUUCAGUGGACCCAUGCUGCUAUUUCCCAUGCCAGCACGGCGGCUUGUGCGUCCGAGUUGGCACAGAAGGGUACGAAUGUGACUGUACCCGGACGGGAUACUACGACGCCAACUGCACCUCGCCGGAGUUCUGGACGUGGGUAUACAACACCCUGAAGCCGAGCCCGUCGUCCGUUCACUACCUGCUGACCCAUUUCCAGUGGCUGUGGAGUGUCGUGAACCGAACUCCCCUCCGUAAUCUUUUGAUGCGAGUGGUGUUAACCGCCCGCGCCAACCUGAUCCCCAGCCCGCCCACCUUCAGCGGCAACUACGGAUACCUGAACUGGGAAUCCUACAGCAACCUCAGCUACUUCACCCGCAUCCUCCCCCCGGUGCCCCCCAACUGCCCCACGCCGAUGGGGGGGAAAGGACCUCUGGAGCUGCCAGCAGCUGAACUGGUGGCGGAAGAACUUCUGCUGCGCCAGACUUUCCACCCGGACCCCCAGAGGACCAACCUGAUGUUCGCUUUCUUCGCCCAACACUUCACCCACCAGUUCUUCAAGACCUUUGGCAAGAUGGGCCGCGGAUUCACCCGGGCUCUGGGACACGGGGUGGAUCUUGGCCACAUCUACGGAGACAACCUGGAGCGCCAACACCACCUGCGCCUCUUCAAGGAUGGAAAGCUGAAAUACCAGUUGAUAAAGGGGGAGAUGUACCCCCCGACUGUGACGGAAGCUGCCGUGCACAUGAUCUACCCACAAGGCAUCCCUCCGGAGCAGAGGUUUGCUAUGGGCCAGGAGGUCUUUGGUCUUCUCCCGGGCCUCCUGAUGUACGCCACCCUCUGGCUGCGGGAGCACAACCGUGUCUGCGAUUUGCUGAAGCACGAACACCCCACCUGGGACGACGAGCAGCUCUUCCAGACCGCCCGGCUCAUUCUGACAGGGGAGACGAUCAAAAUCGUCAUUGAGGAUUACGUCCAGCAUCUCAGCGGCUACCACUUGAAGCUGAUAUUCGAUCCCGAGCUUCUCUUUGGGGCCCAGUUCCAGUACCAGAACCGCAUCGCCCUGGAGUUCAACCAGCUCUACCACUGGCAUGCCUUAAUGCCGGAUUCCUUCCAGCUGCCAGACAGAGAAUACAGUUAUGACCAGUUCCUGUUCAACAACACGGUUCUGACCCACUAUAGCAUAGAGACCCUGGUAGAGGCCUUCUCCAAACAGCGAGCAGGACAGAUCGGUGGGAAGCCCAAUAUCAACAAGAAUCUUUUAAAAGUGGCAAUUGGAACGAUCAAGGAAUCACGACUGCUGCGUUUCCGGCCUUUUAACGAAUACCGAAAGAGGUUCCAUCUUAAGCCCUAUACGUCCUUCCGGGAAUUGACAGAUGAUGACAACAUGGUUGCCAAGCUGGAAGAGCUGUACGGAGACAUCGAUGCCCUGGAGUUCUUCCCCGGCCUGUUGGUGGAGAAGACCUACGCCAACAGCAUCUUUGGACAAAGCAUGAUAGAGAUGGGGGCUCCCUUCUCCUUGAAGGGGCUCCUGGGGAAUCCCAUCUGCUCCCCCGAAUACUGGAAGCCCAGCACUUUCGGGGGCGCCACUGGAUUCCAAAUCGUGAACACGGCAACCUUGCAAAAACUGGUUUGCCUCAACGUGAAACGGUGCCCCUACGUGGCUUUCCACACGCCCGAUCACGGAGGAGACGAAGGCUCUGAGGAGAAGACGCGGCCUUCAACGGAGCUCUAACCAAAUUGUCCUAACCGAGGCUUCCCAAGAGCCUGAAGGAAACUCCUGGUCCCGACAAAACCCCCUUUUAUGAAUUGACUGUGAAUUC